UUCUUUGAGGAAAUAUAAUUCGGUCGAAAAGUUUCKWGGUAUUCUUCUUCUUCGAAAUUUMACACUAGCWCAGCUUUUAGAACUUUUUUAGAAAUUUUCUUAUUUUUGAUACCAUUUAUCUACUCUAAAAAUGGCGCCUAAAUCUAAAUCAUCWCAAAAUCCGAAAGUUGUCCAAGAAGGUGGAGGGAUUCCGUUCUUUCAAAUUUUCAUAUUUUUGAUAGCUACUGUUUCAAUGGCAAUGAACUUCGCAAUCAUCACGGGGAAAAUCCCCAUAAGAGGAUGCGAAGGACCUAUUGGAAAGACAGGGGAAAGAGGAUUAACUGGCCKURCAGGAGAACCUGGUCCGCAAGGUUCUAUAGGAAAAYCAGGAGCAGAGGGCGCAGUCGGUCCUGCUGGUCCCCCUGGUCCCCAGGGUGAKCWUGGGGCUGAUGGUGCACCUGGGAGAGAUGGAGUAGAUGGGGCCCCUGGKAAAAAUGGUUCCCCAGGUGCAAAAGGUGAUAAAGGGGACCAAGGUUCUAUAGGAGAACCAGGAGCAGAGGGCCCAGUGGGUCCUGCUGGUCCCCCUGGUCCYCAGGGUGAKCAUGGGGCUGAUGGUGYACCAGGGAGAGAUGGAGUAGAUGGGGCCCCUGGGCAAAAUGGUUCCCCAGGUACUAAGGGUGAUAAAGGUGACAAAGGGGACCAAGGUGCUGUAGGUCCUGUGGGACCAGCAGGAAAGGAUGGAGACAAAGGAGACAAAGGUGACACAGGCAGUACUGGACAAGAUGGCCCACAAG